GAUUAUGCUCAGGUGAAAGCAGAUGGUUACUUCCUGGAAAGGUUAGAGGUCCGCUGAAUUUGUUGUACGUUGUCUUUGCACCUCACUCCACCUUGAGUUCCACUUGACUGUGCUUGAGUAACACUCACGACAAACAGCCUUGAAGUUAGGUCAGCUUAACGUUAUGCUCCAUUUAAAAGUGACAAAACUGUCCAGAGGAGAAAUUACAAAAACAGCAGAUGCUCUCCUGUACACUAGAGCAACCCGGUUCAAGCUGGACAAAUAUUCCAUUAUGUUAUAUUAUAAAACAGCAUGGUUAGUUAUAAGGACUGAGAAAAUGAGAUGAGUUAUGAUUGUUCAUUUGCUUUUAAUUAUGGUUUGUUGGGCUGAUGGCUUCAGAUAUUCUGUUUAGCCAUAACAUUUGAUUAAAUUAGCAAUUUUGUCACAUUAACCUUUUUGGGUUAGUUCAUGCAUAACAAUCUCACUGAAAUAAAGGAUUAUUUUGAGCUAAUUACAGCAAUUAUGGUUAUAUUGUUGGAGUGUCACUGAAAGAGAACGGGGAUCAAAUCAGCAAUAUUCAUGCUCAUAUUUAAUGUUCAUACUCAUAUUUAAUAUUCAUGCUCAUAUUUAAUAUUCAUACUCAUAUUUAAUGUUCAUACUCAUUUUAUGUUAACUUAUUAUGAAAGGUAGUAUCUGCUCUUGAAUUAUCAGACUACGAUUGCAUAUCUGUUCACACACCACAACCUUCAACCUCAUUACCUGUGACGUUGGUCCAUUUGCCCCAAUGCAAACUCCCUUAUCCUCUCUCCCGCUCUAUUCUGUCUACAACCAGACUUUGAUAAAGGAGAAGUGAGUGAGAAGAGUGUUUUGACCUUUUAGGUGUUUGAAUUAUUUACAGGACAAAUAGUGGAGGCUUUCAGAGCUCAUUUGUCUAGGUGCUGCUCUUUAGGAAGGAGAAAAGAAAGGCUGAAUCGUUCCCUCUCAUUUAGCUGCUUCUGUUCUGCUGUGUUGAGCUCCACUGUGUUCAUGGACUAACACACACACACACACACACACACACACACACACACACACACACACACACACACACACACACACACACACACACACACACACACACACUGGACUAAUAUAGAGACACCUGGCUCCCUCCCUGCCUGCCUGGGCCUACUUGUCAUUUCACCUCCAUGUUCAUUUGUUCCUUCCUUCCAUCCCUCCCUGCCAAUAUCCCCAUCUAUUGCAUUGGAAAAAGGCUAUGGCUUUGGACUUGGGCUUACUUGAUCCGACACCCGCAUACUGAAAAAGUACUUCACCUCCCACCCAAUCCUUAUCCAGUUCCUAUUAAUAUUGCCUAUUGCCUCUGCCGCUUCCCAAGGCUUUCUACCCUGCUCUAAUUUCUCACUAGGAAGCCUGGUUCAGGGUUGGAUCAUGGAUGCUGAUCUCUCCUCUUAUAAUAAACUUAAUUCCUGACACGGAAUAGGGGGCGCGCUAGUAGGAACCUUUUUCAUAUCAUUAUUAUUUUGGUGCACACUCACAGCCGCGCGCUCAUCCCCAGCCGGUGUCAGGGGUUCAGUCGUCAAAUAUCCUGGCAGAGAGAGAGCGAGCCGGGAACCCUUGUACAGUUACCCCUUUUAUUUUCAUGCCAUUUAAAUCCCUCCACAUAGAUGGGAUAUUGCCCGCCCGACUGCUAUCGCUAUAGCGCCCUGUAAAUGAGAUAGCGGUCUAUUUCUCUGGGUUGCUAGGCUGCAGGCUUUACUGAGUUAAUUAAAGCUGGGCUGCGUUCACUAAGUCAGAGAGAGAGAGAGAGAGGGAGAGAGAACCCCUUGCCAAUACUAAAGCGUGUCACCACCUUCGCCAACCCCAAGUCUCUCUCAUUCCAAUGCUAACAGGUUUUUGCUUCUAUUCAGUAUAGUAUAUUAUGGAAACCUAUGGAGCAUGUACUGUAUAGAAUACAAAAGCUCUCAUUGCAAGGUUAUACACUACAUGAUCAAAAGUAUGUGGACACCUGAAUGUCGAACAUCUCAUUCCAAAAUCAUGGGCAUUAAUAUGGAGUUGGUCCCCCCAUUUGCUGCUAUAACAGCCUCCACUCUUCUGGGAAGGCUUUACACUAGAUAUUGGAACAUUGCUGCCAUUCAGCUACAAGAGCAUUAGUUAGGUCGGGCACUGAUGUUGGGUGAUUACGCCUGGCUCGCAGUCGGCGUUCCAAUUCAUCCCAAAGGUGUUCGAUGGGGUUGAGGUCAGGGCUCUGUGCAGGCCAGUCAAGUUCUUCCACACCGAUCUCGACAAACCAUUUCUGUAUGGAACUUACUUUGUGCACGGGGGCAUUGUCAUGCUGAAACAGGAAAGGGCCUUCCCCAAACUGUUGCCACAAAGUUGGAAACACAGAAUCGUCUAGAAUGUCAUUGUAUGCUGUAGCGUUAAGAUUUCCCUUCACUGGAACUAAGGGGCCUAGCCCGAACCAUUAAAAACAGCCCCAGACCAUUAUUCCUCCUCCACCAAACUUUACAGUUGGCACUAUGCAUUCAGGCAGGUAGUGUUCUCCUGGCAUCCGCCAAACCCAGAUUAGUCCAUUGGACUGCCAGAUGGCAUGAUUCAUCACUCCAGAGAAUGUGUUUCCACUGCUCCAGAGUCCACUUGUGGCGAGCUUUACACCCCUCCAGCCGACGCUUGGCAUUGCACAUGGUGAUCUUAGGCUUGUGUGCGGCUGCUCGGUCAUGGAAACCCAUUUCAUGAAGCUAUCGACAAACAGUUAUUGUGCUGACGUUCCUUCCAGAGGCAGUUUUGAACUCCGUAGUGAGUGUUGCAACCGAGGACAGACGGUUUUUACACACUUCAGCACUCGCCGGUUCCAUUCUUUGAACCGUUGUUGCUCCUAGACAUUUCCACUUCACAAUAACAGCACUUACAGUUGACCGGGGCAGCUCUAGCAGGGCAGAAAUUUGACGAACUGACUUGUUGGAAAGGUGGCAUCCUAUGAUGGUACCACGUUGAAAGUCACUGAGCUCUUCAGUAAGGCAAUCUACUGCCAAUGUUUGUCUAUGGAGAUUGCUUGGCUGUGUGCUCGAUUUUAUACACCUGUCAGCAAUGGGUGUGGCUGAAAUAGCCGAAUCCACUAAUUUGAAGGGGUGUCCACAUAUUUUUGUAUAUAAUAGUGUAUGUUAAUGUUCAGUCAUGCUUUCUCUUUUAACUAAUUUUUUUGCAUAUGUUUUCUAAUAAAAGGGUAGACUGCAGGACUUGAGGUUGCUUUUGAAAGUGUUUUCAGUGGAGAAACACAAACUGCAGCUCAUGAUGUAGACUAUGCCCUCUGAACUAGUGGAAAUGGGUUUCUGUCAUUGUUAAUUAACGUGUUCAUAUGUUUCUCAGGCUGGUUCUGUUUGGCGAUUUCAUUAAUACACAAUAAUGGAUUAAAGAUACAACAAAGGAAAAUCUAAAUCUAGCAGGCAGAGAUUUCUUUGAUCCUUUCAGGUUUGAAAAGACGUGGCCUUGACAUAUAUAAUGAUGGGCCAUUAACAAAAUAAAGACACAAAUUAACCUGUGGACUUAACGUUCAGGUAACUGCCAAAAUAAUGGAAAACACUUGAGUAAUGAGGGAUACAAAGUAUAUUGAAAGCAAGUACUUCCACACAGGUGUGGUUCCUGAGUUAAUUAAGCAAUUAACAUCCCAUCACGCUUAGGGUCAUGUAUAAAAAUGCUUGGCAGACCAUUAUUUUGGCUACCAUGGCUAUGCCCCCAUAGCAUGACAAUGCUCCCAUCCACAGGGCAGGAGUGGUCACUGAAUGGUUUGAUGAGCAUGUAAACGAUGUAAACCAUACGCCAUUGGCUGUCUCAGUCACCAGAUCUCAACCCAAUUGAACACUUAUGGGAGAUUCUGGAGUGGUGCCUGAGUCAGUGCUUUCAACCACCAUCAACAAAACACCAAAUGAUGGAAUUUCUCGUGGAAGAAUGGUGUCACAUCCCUCCAAUAGAUUUCCAGACAGUUGUAGAAUCUAUGCCAAGGUUCAUUGAAGCUGUUCUGGCUCGUGGUGGCCCAACGCCCUAUUAAGACACUUUGUUGGCGUUUCCAUUAUUUUUGGCAUUUACCUGUAAAUUAUCCUCUGCCGAGUCCCCAACAACCGAAUCUUCCGUUUUUCAGGGGAAAUGGAAAGAGCGCCUGUGCUGCGACUUCCACUUUUGGACGUGAACAAGACGACACCACAGACUAUCCAUUAUAUUGACCAGAUACGCCGCUCUAACAAUUAAAAAUGUCUUCAAAAAUGGAAGGGAGGGAGGGACCAUUCGAGCCAAUGAGGGCAGAUACGCGUAUACAGUAUGAAAAUGUAUGCACUCACUAACUGUAAAUCGCUCUGGAUAAGAGUGUCUGCUAAAUUACUAAAAUGUACAACAGGCACGACGAUAUCCACUAGUUACCACAGCCACAAAGUCAAAAUGGGCGAUAUCGUAAAAAUUAAUGAAAGCAAAAAUUAGCUUUCUUUGAGGUUAGGCAUAAGGUUAGCAGUGUGGUUAGGGUUAGGUUUAAAAUCACAUUUUAAGGAGCGAAAUUGUAGAAAUAGGCGGGGUUUAUGAUUUUGUGGCGGUGGUAACUAGUGACGACCAGGCAGAACUCUGAUGGUGUUUUUUCUCAAAGUUACCAAGAUGUCAUGUGUCCUAUUUAUAUCAGUACACUCGUAACAACCUAAUCAUUACGUAACUUAUAUUCGAUCAAAUAAGCCACACAGUAAAUAAGCCAUAUUUUUGUUUUAUUUAUUAACCAAUAUCGACACUCAUUGACCUCCAUAUAAAAACUCUUUGCUUGGUGAGCGAAAUAAACAUAACAAUUCCACCUGCUGGAGAAGAGGUUUUGGCUCAAGUUAUGCCUCUCGCUUCGCCUCUUCCUCUCUGGCAACACUCCACCUUAACUCCUCCACAUUUACUGGAUUGGUUGAACAGUGCAGGAGAGAACCUCCCCCGACAUGUAUUAUUAUUAUUUUUUCUUUCUCGUCAAGACCAGUAUGUAGGGGAUCUAGUUUCAGGCAUUUAUUUUAUGCCUGCUACGUUAUGUUACCUGUGAAAUGUAGUCCUAUUUUACUAAAAUUACAAGUCUUAUUUUGAUAGGCAUUUUUGGUGGGGGUUACUGGGAAGCACUUCAUGAGAAAUGUUGUUGUAAACAGGGCAAAAUAAGUACAUUUAAUUGAUUGGUCUUUCUUUUCCUCUUUCCCCGGCAGUAAGUACCAGGUGGUGGUGGAGGAAGAGCGCCCCCGACGGACACGGAGGGCGGCAGAGAUCCUGCGCUGCUACCCGGUGCCCAUCCACUUCCAGAACGCCACCGUGCUCAACUCACAGUACUACUUCACGGCCGAGCUGCCCAUGGGCGACAUCAAAACCCCGGUACCCUUCUGCAUCGGAGACAAUCGCACCUACAACGGCUACUGGAACGCCCCCCUCCUCCCCCACAAGAGCUACAGCAUCUACUACCAGGCUGUCAGCACAGCCAAUGGGGUGAGUGAGUGGGGAGAUGUUGGGGUGGCGAUUGGCUGCUGGGAUAUGUCCCAAAUCAGAGGCUGCUUAUUGAUUGGUUGGCUUGACAUGUCAGUCAUAGCUCGUUCACACCCCACAACAAGGUUGGAUGUGAAACUGAUGCCUUUUAACUGUGUUAUGCUUUUAACAGCUUUACAAAAACCCAUUUUGAAUUCAUUUGCACCCAUUGUUAAUAUCUGAUAAUGAACCACUUACCCUAAAUAAUCCUCAUUGUGAAAAGAAAAUGGCCCCUUAUUUAAAAGCACCUGUAGAAAAAUGACAUUCAUGUCGGUGUGGCAUUAUGGUACGUUAUGUCGUCUGGAUUGGUAUUUUUAAGUGCGUUCUUUCUUGGUCAUCUACAUUUUGUCCCACGCCCUCACAGCCAGGGUUAAUAUGCUACAGUCCAACCUACCUGACCACUCUCAUCUGCUGUCUCUUACUACUGUAGGAGACAGCACUGCCACCAAAAACAUAUGUAGUGAAAUACUUACAGUACAGCCUCAAUCCCAACAAAGUCAACUAAAGUCUAACCCACCACUCAAGUUCUAUCACUUCCCCAUUCACUGUGAAAACACCAGUCUGAAACGGAAAGUAAAGCAAACUGUACGAAUGCAGAAAAUUAGGAUCAAUGAACAGCCACAACAAGACUCUCCUUCAAGGCCUAUUUGAUAACCAAUCCAGCAUCAUAAUGGGCUAUAACCCAGUAUUCCAACCAACCCCAUUACACCCCCCCCUCCUAACCGCUAUAGUGCACUGUCAGUGGGAGAGUACAGCACAGCCAGAGGCCAGACAACCCUUUUAUCAAUGUCCUGCUGUUCAGAUUGCACAAAAUUCAAGUACGGCCAUUCACAAAUGCAUUAUUGACUCUAAAAAAAUAAAUACAAAAAUAUCUGCCAUCUCCCCAUUUUUGAAAUGCAAAUAAAUUAUCCCUAAUGAAAAGCCCAUCCUUUUUCUUCCUCUCCUCUGCUCUCCUCCUCUCCUCUGCUCUCAACCUCGGGCCAUUAGAUCAUUCACUGGCUCUAAUUGGAGAAAGACUAGCCGGGGGGGUUGAGACUAUGCUUGUCUCGUCUCGGUGCUCUGGUCUCACCUUCUGGUGGGGGAGCAGGGAUCCACACUAACCCCCUAAUGGAGGUCUGGGAGAGGAGCGGAGCGGGAUGUUCCGCCGUCUGACUCCCACUAAUGCUAAUAGGGUGCUGUGGGGCGGUAGAGGAGCAGCUAGCGGUACUGCUGUGUGUGCUUGUGUGUGUGUAAGUCCACAUUUCUAUGUGAGUUUCUGAUAAUACACACACACAUUACAGUUGAAGCCUCUGUGCUGACAUUUUAAACAGGAGACAGUUUCCACACAAAUUGCUGGGGUGGCUGGAGAGGAGAUCAGUAGGCCCUGGGUCUCUCUUCUGAGGAGAGAGAGAGCGAGAGAGAGAGACUGAAAACAUUUCCCGUUCCCCUCAGCCCUCUGGCCUCCGUUCAGAUCAGAGAAAGGACACCAGCUUCCAUGAGCCAGACUGGCACAUUGGAGGGAAAACAGCAUUCAAUACUGAACUCAGACCUAACUGAAAAUGGAGAUAUUCACAUUUUGUUAGUUUAAACCAGGUAUUCUAAUCCUAGAUUCUAAGUGAUCCAAAUCAUUCUAAAUAAACUACAGCCAGCUAUUCCAUUUACAUGCCAGUAUCUCGUUAAGUGCUGGUGAUAUUUGCCAUAUGGCAAGAUCUGGUUUCAAUGUCAUCAAGCAGCCCUAGUAGACAAGUCUCUUCUUUUCGCUGCCUUGUUGCUCCAGAGCUUUCUCCUCUCCCUACCUGAGUCACACACUCACACCAUCCUCCUGGUUGUUUUAAUUAUUCAGCGCACUCCACAGUUUAAUUUGUCGUCUCCUCAAUAAUGCAAUAAGCCACACAAGCAUUUUGCUGUCAUAAAACACGGGGGGAUUUAAGCAUAAGCCCCAAGUCACUUUCCUCGACCGCUUGAAUAUUAAUGCGGCGUUGCUUACAUUUACAUUUACAUUUUAGUCAUUUAGCAGACGCUCUUAUCCAGAGCGACUUACAGUUAGUGAAUACAUAUUUUUUUUUUUUUUUUUUUUUUUUUUUUUUUUUUUUUUUUUUUUUUUUUUUUUUUUUAUACUGCCCCCCCGUGGGAAUCGAACCCACAACCCUGGCGUUGCAAACGCCAUGCUCUAUCAACUGAGCUACAUCCCUACCGGCCAUUCCCUCCCCUACCCUGGACAACGCUGGGCCAAUUGUGCGCCGCCCAUGAGUCUCCCGGUCGCGGCCGGCUGCGACAGAGCCUGGAUUCGAACCAGGAUCUCUAGUAGCACAGUUAGCACUGCGAUGCAGUGCCUUAGACCACUGCGCCACUCAGGAGACAUUUGCUUUUCUGUGUUUGUUGGUUCCACGUUUGUAAGAAGAGCGAACGCAAAGCCGGGGUGGGGGUGGUAGAGCGUGUUUCAACAGUUAUUAGGUUCCUAGUCACAGCUGUACUCUGUCCACCAUCAACCUCCCCCUAAUCCACCAUCACAGGGCUUAGGAGACCCAACAUGGUGGUUUGCUGUACAGCUAGCUCCACUAUAGACAUUUUGAGGAGUGCACACCCACAUCUAAUGGAUACUGUAUGUGCAUAUGUUCCUGUGCAUAUCUCUGUGUACAGACUGUAUGUGCCCACUUGUAUGUGAGUGUGUGUGUGUGUGUGUGUGUGUGUGGAGCCUCAAGGUCGUGGUUGACUCUGGGUAUAAAGUGUAGUGCAGACUAGUCUCUGACAGCUGGCUGCUAGAUGCCAAGCGGAGGCGCUGAUCCACAGCCUCUCUCUCUCUCUCCCCUCUGUUGUACACCCCAGUCUGUCUGAGCAGAUUGGAACGAGCACAGCCUGACUGAGACUGAGAGGCAGCAGGUCCUACACAGCCUGACUGAGACUGAGAGGCAGCAGGUCCUACACAGCCUGACUGAGACUGAGAGGCAGCAGGUCCUACACAGCCUGACUGAGACUGAGAGGCAGCAGGUCCUACACAGCCUGACUGAGACUGAGAGGCAGCAGGUCCUACACAGCCUGACUGAGACUGAGAGGCAGCAGGUCCUACACAGCCUGGACUGAGACUGAGAGGCAGCAGGUCCUACACAGCCUGACUGAGACUGAGAGGCAGCAGGUCCUACACAGCCUGACUGAGACUGAGAGGCAGCAGGUCCUACACAGCCUGACUGAGACUGAGAGGCAGCAGGUCCUACACAGCCUGACUGAGACUGAGAGGCAGCAGGUCCUACACAGCCCUGACAGCUACAUAUGUUGCAAUUUGUUGUGACUGAGAACUGAUGCCUUUUCCCCUCUUUGUCCCUCUUUCUUUGUCUUUCUCUCUUUCUCUCUCUCCUCUGUUUCUUUCUUUUUUUCUCCCCUCGCAGGAGACCAAAAUCGAUUGUGUACGAGUGGCCACUAAAGGUAGGACUGGUCCCGUUGCAUGAAAGUAAUCUACCCACCGUUGAUUGAAAUUUGUUUCCCCUCUCUCUAUCACCCACACACACCCACACCCACACACACACACACACACACACACACACACACACACACCUGAAUGUUGCCAAGGUUUGUUUUGGCGCGACCACAGGUCUAUAACGCUCUACGCAGCUUUUCUUAUUAUCGGCUACUCAUGCUUUUUAGAGACUAAUGUUUGCUCAUUGGCCACUCACCUUGUUUCCUCUCACUCAAUUUGAUAGUGUACUUGUGUAAAGUGUUAAGUCGUAAGCAUUGGGCAUUUUCCUAUUAACAAUGUCCUCUACGCAAAAGCUUAAGCACACAACAUAAGCACACAACAGUAGCAGAUAAAGUUUUAAGUAAUAUAUACACUACCGGUCAAAUGUUUUAGAACAUCUACUCAUUCAAGGGUUUUUCUUUAUUUUUACUAUUUUCUACGUUGUAGAAUAUUAGUGAAGACAUCAAAACUAUGAAAUAACACAUAUGGAAUCAUGUAGUAACCUUCAAAUAGCCACCCUUUGCCUUGAUGACAGCUUUGCACACUCUUGGCAUUCUCUCAACCAGCUUCAUGAGGUAGUCUCCUGGAAUGCAUUUCAAUUAACAGGUUUGCCUUCUUAAAAGUAAAUCUGUGGAAUUUCUUUCCUUCUUAAUGCGUUUGUGCCAAUCAGUUGUGUUGUGACAAGGUAGGGGGGAGGGAGGGGGGGGGGGUAUACAGAAGAUAGCCCUAUUUGGUAAAAGACCAAGUCCAUAUUCUGGCAAGAACAUCUCAAAUAAGCAAAGAGAAACGACUGUCCAUCAUUACUUUAAGACAUGGUCAGUGAAUACGGAACAUUUCAAUAACUUUGAAAGUUUCUUCAAGUGCUAUGAUGAAACUGGACCAUAUGCUCAGCAUAUGUGGGACCUCCUUCAAGACUGUUGGAAAAGCAUUUCAGGUGAAGCUGGUUGAGAGAAUGCCAAGAGUGUGCAAAGCUGUCAUCAAGGCAAAGGGUGGCUAUUUGAAGAAUCUCAAAUAUAAAAUAUAUUUUGAUUUGUUUAACACUUUUUUGGUUACUGCAUGAUUCCAUAUGUUGUUUCAUAGUUUUGAUGUCUUCACUAUUAUUCUACAAUGCAGAAAAUAGUAAAAAUAAAGAAAAACCCUUGAAUGAGUAGGUGUGUCCAAACUUUUGACACUAUAUAUAUAUAUAUAUAUAUAUAUAUAUUUUUUUUUUUUUAUUUACCCCCUUUUUCUCCCCAAGUUCGUGAUUAUGGUCUUGUCUCAUCGCUGCAACUCUCCAACGGGCUCGGGAGAGGUGAAGGUCGAGUCAUGCGUCCUCCGAAACAUGACCCGCCAAGCCGCGCUUCUUAACACCCGCUCGCUUAACCCGGAAGCCAGCUGCACCAAUGUGUCGGAGGAAACACCGUUCAACUGACGACCGAAGUCAGCCUGCAUGCGCCCGGCCCGCCACAAGGAGUCGCUAGAGCACGAUGAGCCAAGUAAAGCCCCCCGGCCAAACCCUCCCCUAACCCGGACGACGCUGUGCCAAUUGUGCGCCGCCCGGUCACCCCAGGAUCGAACCCCAGGCUGUAGUGACGCUGCAGUAUACAGUCAAAUUAGUGUGUUUGUCUUUUUUCUAACAGAACCAAAAAACACCCACCAAAAUAAAAGAAGUUUCCACUCUAAAAACUUGGCCAGUAACCUGUCCAUUUGUCAGUAUCACACCCACCAGUAUGGUAGUUGGAUAUGCCUUGUAUAGUGCUAGUAGCCUCCAGGCCAUAGGACUGAGCUUGGCUAGCCAAAAGGCAUGCGCCCAAACUUUCACAAACCGCCUCCCCCAACAUGGGAGAUGUCGACAACAUGGGAGAUGUCGACCAAUCAUAGGAAAGGGAAAACAUUUAGAUUGCCAGCAGAUGGUCCAAGUUCUCAUUGCCCCCCCCCCAUAUUGGAUUCCAGUGGCGCUACUUAGCAAGCCGCACUGUCCACUUACUAGCACUAGCCAGGCAUUGGUGCUCCGCUGCACUGCAAUGUAAUUGUGUACAGAUGGUAGAUAAUCUAUUUGCCAUACUACAUGCCAUCUCUUUCUCAAGGUGCCAAGACUGGGCUAUAAUGCUAUAUGCUAAUGAGCGCUAUCUCCUGUAUCUUUUCCAACCCUUUUUAGCCGCGGAUGCUAAACAAGUUAGAAUUUUCAAAUCCCCCUUUUUCCCAUCAUAGAUUAUGAAAGGACUGUUUUUAUGCUUUUUUCUUUUUUUCAUUGCUUUCGCUAUCGUUUAUGGCAUUUUAAUCUGUUUUUUUAUUGGACCUGAGCGUUGUCACUUUAAGAGUAGCAUCUGCUAAUAGGUUCAGUGACUCUUGGGGUACUUGCCAGUCAUAGUGGUGGCAGCCAAUCAGAUCCCCCGAGGGGGUUGUGGUGCGAGACAAACUGCCCAUACAGAAGGCCAUAAGCAUGACAGUGAACUGAAUAUUGAGGAGAUUAGCGGCUCUAGCAGAAUGUUUAUAUCCAGUCCCAUAUCUCUAGAAUGGCUCCCUCAGGUUUGUAUGAAAGGCCUGUGUUAGUUCCCUCAUGGUGUUCACGAGUACAAAACACAAACAAGUCAUCAACCAAGCUUCUGCAGUGGUCCUCUGUAGCUCAGCUGGUAGAGCACGGCGCUUGUAACGCCAAGGUAGUGGGUUCGAUCCCCGGGACCACCCAUACACAAAAAAAUUAUGCACGCAUGACUGUAAGUCGCUUUGGAUAAAAGCGUCUGCUAAAUGGCAUAUUAUAUUAUUAUUACUAAUGUAUAGAAACAAAACCGUUACUUAACAAAUGCAAAGCUUGUGAACGAUACAGUAUGUCAUCUUCUGUUCCUCCCUGUGAGAGGUCUCUCUCUCUCUGUCUGAGUCUAUUGGCUUCAGCCUUGCCCUCUUCUUCUUCUCUCCUUCCUGCAUGUUGGCCUGGAACAACUUCUUCUUUUGCCUUAGCCGCCAUAAUCGUGACUCAGCUCACCACUCCCUACAUACGCAUCGCCCCCGCGGCUGGCGACAACCAACUAACAGGUCAGACCACAACUACUACUGCCCAGCUCUCUCCUCUCAUGACAUGUGGAUCUGUGUGUGUGUGUGUGUGUGUCUGGAUCCAUGACCUUGUGUGUCUGUGUUUGUGCCUUAUAACUUUUUAUAACCGCUAUAUCUGUUUGUGUUACAUUGUGUAGCGUGUCUAUUUAAGUGUUUAAAAACCAGGAUGUGCACUGACACGUGUUGUUUGGGAGACCGUCAAUGGUUAACUAGGUUACCAGAUAUGUUGAUUCCUGCCAUAGAGCUGACUUAAUAUUCAUACCCGCCAUUCGGUCAGUAUUCAUCGUAUUUAUAUCCUACAGAUAGUGUUACAAGGGGUUUGGUACCUGGAACACCUGUUUGUGUUGCAAAAACAUAGAAUUACAUUUUCAUUCAAGGGUGAUGUACGAGUUGAGCGGGCGGAAAAAAAUAUCAAUAUGGGCCUCGGGAAGCAAGCAAUAAACAGAGAAGCUGCGCACUGGCACGACAAAGCGGUCCUGCUUAACCUGCUGUCAGAAAAUUAAAUUUAAAUAUUUACCAGGCAGCUGCAGCAUCAAAGGAAAGAUGAAAACUUUCCAACUUCUGUUUAUACAAGAAGCCAAACGAUUCUCCCCAGUCUCACACAGUCAGACACUGUGAAAUGCAAAAUGUUCUCCUGUAAAAGUAAAAUAUUUAACCAUUGGAUGUUUUUUGCUUGUAAAGCGUCACAGGGAAUGAACAGGAUUUGAGAGGUAGAAAGGGGGUUAUUCGGAGGACACAAUGUCAAAAGUACUGAUGGAAAAGACAAAUUGUUACAAUAUGCAACACCGUUUGACACUUACAAUUUUCAGUUUCCACCAAAAGUUACGAUACUCAACCAACUUUUGCAGUUAACGUGUAUUAGGGUUGUCACGAUGCCAGAAUCGCGAUACUAGGAUACCUGAUUUUCCCGUGGCAAAAAUGGAAACACAAAGCAGACUGAACUCUUUGGUCCUUUAAAUACCUACUGUAUGUAACAUAUUGUGUGCUAUAGCUCUGGGUGACAAUAUAAGGCUGGUCGUUUCCAACAGUAGGACUGUUUUCCUCAGGAAAUUUAGUCCACUUCAUGUUUUAUUUCCUUGCUACGAUACCUUUGAGUAUCGAGAUACUGGUAUCGUGGCAACCCUAAUGUAUUUAUAAUUACUUAUCAAAGCAUGAGUCCGAUACAGCUAGUUUCAGUACAGGCUGGAUGGACAACAACAUCAACAACAUCGGUUUGGUCUCUAGAUAGCAGUGACCUGUCGGGGGUCGUUAAAUAUAAUUUGUUUUAUUUACAGUGUCCUGGGGACAUGUGGAGCUGAAAGCAGUGGAGGCCGCUGUGUGUUGUUAACCAGCUGUUGCAGUGUUUCAGGCCUUGACGUUGACACUCCCUCCUACAUAGCGCUACCGAGACCACAAUAUCCUCCAAGCACCUCGCUUAGUUUGAGUUUCACAUGAAACGGCUACGCGGAAAGCCCAAAAGCUCUACUGCCUUCUUCAAAGCCGGAGAUAUCUGCCGUUUAAACUUAAAAAUAACUAGUGUUUUCUGUCUCUCUGGGCAUUCGGUUUUCUAAUGACCCAUAAACAGAGAUGUCAAGGAGAGAGUUUGAAGUAGAAAAGCUUGGAGUGAAAGUUAAUAGUUGAAAAGUCCAACACAGCUGGAGAUUUUUUUACAUUUCCCAAACACAAACUGGAGAUGGCAAGGGAGUCAAUCUGACCUUGACUGUUCUGUCUUUUAGUUUAGGAAUAUAUUUAAAACCUCUGUUCUCAUGUAAACGACUGUUUUCUAUAUUUUUGCCCACACAAGGUCUACCUUAAACUGAGUGUACAAAACAUUAGGAACACCUGCUCUUUCCAUGACAUAGACUGACCAGAUUAAUCCAGGUUAAAUCUAUCUCUUAUUGAUGUCACUUGUUAAAUCAACUUACAUCAGUCUAGAUUAAGGGGAGGAGACAGGUUAAAGAAGGAUUUUAAAGCCUUGAGACAUUUGAGACAUGGAUUGUGUAUGUGUGCCAUUCAAAGGGUGAAUGGGCAAGACAAAAGAUUGAAGUGCCUUUGAACAGGGUAUGGUAGUAGGUGCCAGGCACGCUGGUUUGAGUGUAUCAUGAACUGAAACGCUGCUCGGCUUUUCACGCUCAACAGUUUCCUGUGUGUAUUAAGAAUUGUCCACCACCCAAAGGACAUCCAGCCAACCUGACAAAACUGUGGGAGACAUUGGAUCUAACGAAUUGAUGCUGUUCUGAGGGCAAAAGGGGGUGCAGCUCCAUAUUAGGAAGGUGUUCCUAAUGUUUUGUACAUUCAGUGUAUAACAGAGUCAGAAGUCCAUCUUUGGUUUUAUCUAGUGGUAUUCACAAUAUAUGGAAUAACGGAUUAAUUGGGAGCAGACAUUCUAAGAGACUGCGUGCCUGGUAGGUGAAUGCUGAUGACUGUCUGUCCCCCUCUGGACCCAACAUCUCAUUCAAGGUGGUCAACCAAGUCCACCUUGGUGUAGAACCUUGAGGGCGGCUGACCGUAUGACUCUGGAGCAUGUGUCAAACUCAUUCCACAGAGGGCUGAGUGUCUGCGGCGGGUUUUCGCUCCUCCCUUGUACUUGAUUGAUGAAAUAAGGUCACUGAUCAGUAAGGAACUCUCCUCACCUGGUUGUCUAGGGCUUAACUGAAAGGAAAAAACUAAAACCUGUGGACAAAGGCCUUCCAUGGAAUGAGAUUGACACCCCCUUCUCUAGAGAGUGAUCGGUGUGUUACACAUACUCUCACAGACUGCUGAAUGGUCACCUCUCUCUCCUAGGCCCUCUGUCCUACAGGCCUGCCCUCUCCUCUCUCCCCUCACUUCACCCAGACUCACCCUUUGGAGUAAAACACAAAUUCCCACUGCGGAAUGAGCCCCCCGCUUGCCGGCCCUCCUAUCCGUCACUGCGGUAACAACGAUAGGCACACAAGCUGCGGGUGAUGGAUGUUGUCACCCUUUGAUUGAAAAAGUGGCACUGGCAGGGAGGAAUAGAUUCGGGGGCCGGGGCGAAUUGGAACGGCGUGUCCCGACUAUUUUUCAUCCCGAACUCAUUUAGCGCGGGGAAAUGGAUAUUUCAUCGGGCCGCGGGUUGACGUUCCAUCACAUUAUACAGUAAACAGGAGAGCAGGAGGCUCCUUCUCUCUUUCUGUCUCACUCCAUCUCUUUCUAUCCCUCCUCUUUCUCUCCCCUCCCUCUCUCUUUCUGUCUCUCUCUCCUUCCUUUCCUCCUCUCUCUCCCUCCCUUAGAUGAGGGGAAGGCCCCAGUACUAGUGUUACACAGUGGCUCUGCUGCGAGGGGCCUGGUUAUCUGAUUGGAGCAGAUAUUAAAUUCCCUGGCCAUCGGUGUGAUCACCCGUCACUGCCUACUUUGGGAAUAAAUUGCCCCCAAGGAAGUAGUCCCCCUCUCACUUUUCUUGUUUGUCCACCGCCAUUCACCAUGCUACAGUGACCCGUGUAGCUCAGUUGGUAGAGCAUGGCGAUUGCAACGGCAGGGUUGUGGGUUCGUUUCCCACGGGGGGCCAGUAUAAAAAUAAAAACACGUAUGCACUCACUAACUGUAAGUCGCUCUGGAUAAGAGCGUCUGCUAAAUGACUGAAAUUUUUUAAUUUACAGUGGACAACACAGAUUUGAAUAUCCAAAGGCAAGAGAGGCAACGUGCACAUUGUGUCGUCCAAAGACAAUGGGUGUGUAAAAACGCACGGUUAAUGAGUUUAUCUGGCACUCUCAGGUGCAGGUGCAGGAGCUGAGGCGAGUGCAAAUGACUGCUUCAUUUAGGGAUGGAAGGAGGGAGGAAUGGAUGGAGGGAGGGAAAUAAGGUAGUGCAUAAGCAGGUCAUCCCAGGAGGGUGGCUGGAGGACAGACAGGGAGUGCACGGGGAAGCCGGAGAGAACAUGCAGCCACAUACAGGCCCUGCAAUACGAGAGCUGUGUAAAUGUCACUGUCGUCACUCUAAAAAAACUUUCUACAUUACAUGACAAUACAUUUAAUAUGGAAAGGGCCCAGCUCUGCAUUUUAUGAAGUCUAAUACAGUAAGGAGUCAGUAGUGCACACAUCAUUUAUUUGCCAUCUGGAAAAAGGGUAGUUGCUGGAGUUUUCCAACUCCUAACCACAGAGUUAGACCAGAGUUAGACCACCCAGUAGACUUAAAGACAGUGUUGUCAUAAUGAAGUAUAACAACAAUGUAUGAAUUCAAAUUUUUCUCGUUUCAAGCCUUUCCCUGUAGUCUAACAUAGUCAAUGCUCCACUGGCAACGGGUGCGGUCUUAAGUACUUGAUGAGAAUGAAGUGUGUGGUGAAUGAUGUGACAACCAUGAUGAUAAUGAUGACACGGAUCCAAAAUGGCCACCUGGUGAACGUUAUUGCCUAUACUCUUUGAUCACCAGGGACUGCGACCAGGAAGCCUGACGCGGUGGAGCCGGAGAAGCAGACGGAUCACACGGUAAAGAUCGCCGGAGUCAUCGCCGGUGUCUUGCUCUUCGUCAUCAUCUUCCUCGGUGUGGUGCUGGUCAUGAAGAAA